AUGACAAGACAAUCGACGGUAGACCAAAAGCAUCCUACACACAAUGCGAAAAGGUUUAUUUCAAAGGAAAGGGCGGAGUCAAAGCUAGAUAUAGAUCAACUAAAUAUUUUUUUGGAAAAUGGUCCUGAAGAAGCGCAAUUAACACAAGAUUUGAUUGAGGAAAUCGUGCAUGAUCCGGUGUUGAAAACGAACACAGACCAUUAUGAUAUCAGUAAGGAUCAAGAAAGGGAGAUAACAGCACGUAGAAUUGCCAGAAUGGCUCUUUAUAUGGAGCAUGAUGUGAAAACGAAGCAAAAACAGUUUCAUGGUGAUUAUAUUAAGACCUUGGAGAAACAAGGGUCGCCAUUGCUAAGCAAUGGCGAUUUUUCAAUCUUUGAUAGGAGAAUGUCGUUAACUUCAAAUAUGGACCCGGGACUUGGGACGCGUAUUGGGGUUCAUCUUGGAUUAUUUGGUAAUUGUAUAAGAGGAAAUGGUACUGACGAGCAGAUUCAUUAUUGGUUACAAGAGAAGGGGGCAUUGUUUCUCAAAGGAAUCUAUGGUUGUUUCGCAAUGACGGAGUUGGGUCAUGGGUCCAAUGUAGCUCAGUUGCAAACCACGGCGACAUAUGAUGCCGUUUCUGACACGUUCAAGAUUAAUACGCCGGAUUUGUUAGCUACCAAAUGGUGGAUUGGUGGAGCAGCGCACUCGGCGACGCACACGACGUGUUACGCAAGGUUGAUAGUCAACGGUAAGGAUUAUGGGGUCAAGACAUUUGUUGUGCCGCUUAGGGAGGAGAAAACUUUUACCCUUCUACCAGGGGUGAUGAUCGGUGAUAUUGGGGCGAAGAUGGGUAGAGACGGUAUUGAUAAUGGCUGGAUUCAGUUCAAGAACGUAGUGAUCCCAAGAGAAUUUAUGCUUCAGAGAUUUACCAAAGUAAUCCCAGGUUCUCCACCUCAAGUGAAGACUCAGCCGUUACUAGACCAAAUAUCUGGCUAUAGCGCAUUGCUAAGUGGGCGUGUGAAUAUGGUCAUGGACUCUUUUAGGUUUGGGUCCAAAUUUGCAAUCAUUGCAACAAGAUACGCAGUUGGAAGACAACAGUUCGGUACUGCCAAGAACGAAACACAGUUGAUCGAUUAUCCUUUGCAUCAAUAUCGUGUCUUGCCACAAUUGGCCUUUUGUUACCUAGUUUCCCCAACGGCCCAUAAAUUAAUGGCGACGUAUAUCCAAACGUUAUCCGAGUUACACCAGGCCGGCGCGGAUAAAAAGAAGUUAUUCGCAGUUACGGAUAAACUAAAGGACCUUUUCAUUGACUCCGCAUCUUUAAAGGCCACUAAUACUUGGCUAGUUGCUAAACUAAUUGAUGAACUUAGACAAACGUGUGGUGGUCACGGCUAUUCGUCUUAUAACGGUUUCGGAAAAGGUUAUAACGACUGGGUUGUUCAGUGUACUUGGGAGGGUGACAACAACAUUCUUUCAUUGUCUUCCGCUAAAAGCAUUGUCAAGAAGUUUGUCGACAUUUCUAAGGGUAAAAAGACUACUAUCACUACGGAUUCGUUGAGAUAUUUAACCCCAGAGUUUAUUGGGAAGAGUUUGUCCAAAGAUUUGACAUUUAAGUUUGAUAACUUGGGUGAUUAUACAGAUAUUUGGGCAGUGGUUACUGUGAGGUUGAUUCAUCAUGUAGUGGAGUUGAUUUCCAAAGGAACUAAAAUGGACUCUUUAUCCAAGACGCUUGUCCAAAUCUCGAAAUUCCACGCCCUUCAUUCCAUGCUCUUGACAUACCAAGAGAAACUAGAAGAAUCAAAGUCUCUGGUCACAGAUGCCUACACCAGGAAGUAUCUAGAGAAACUCUACGUGUUGUUCUCAUUGUUUUUCAUUGACCAAAAUCUUGGAGAGUUCCUACUACUAAACGUGUUGACUUCUGAGCAAAUGUCACAGAUCAUACAGCCAAGAUUGUUAGAGUUGUUACCUGAAAUUAGAAAAGAGUGCAUAGGUUUAACUGAUGCUUUUAAGUUCCCUGAUGCUAUGAUCAAUGCUCCAAUUGGGUACUAUGAUGGUGAUAUAUACAACAAUUACUUCAAUGAAGUGACAAAUAACAAUAGGCCAGAACCUGAUGGCCCAGGUAAACCACCGUACUUUUCGUAUUUGACUAAUAUGUUGGGCCGCGAAGAUUUCCAAGCAAGACUUGGAGAUACUUUCUCAGCAGAAACUCUAGAUUCUCUUAUUAAAUAG